UUCGAAAGCUGAACGUUUCCACCACCAUUUGAUCCUGUAACAAUAACCCUUACACGCACGUUCUCGGAUACCGCAGGAGGCGAUGAACUCUGGGGAGGCGGACAGAACGGAGUGCAUAAUCAGGAUGGUGACUCUGAUCGGCGGCGCCGUUGCCGCCGUCCUGGCGAUCGUGGCGGUUACGAUCUACGCCAGGAGAGCUCUCAAGCAAGCGCUAGUGGAGUCAGAGUUGGACGCCAACGCAGACAAGGCGGAAAACGCGGGACACGAGGGAAGCGCCACAGAUGUCGAGUUUGGCAGCUCCCCGGAAGAGUUCAAGGAGGCUUUGGACAGCGGCGGGGACGAGGGGGAGGAGAGAUCCUGGGGCCAAUAGGCGGGAAGUAUUGCAAUACCAUCGCGGGGGGGGGGGGCUACGAUCAUGAUUGGUUGACAUGCGACAGGGAGCAUGACGACCUGGU